AUGCGUUUCCCCCUCUCAGCGCUCAGCACCGCCGGCUCCACCGCCUCCUUCGACCGCGCGCCGCAGAGCCGCGCCCGCGGCAUCACCCUGGACCUGGGCUUCUCGUGCCUCUGCACCGCGCUGCCCCCGCGCCUCGGCCCCGGCCCCGGGCACCUGCAGUUCACGCUGGUGGACUGCCCCGGCCACGCCUCCCUCAUCCGGACCAUCAUCGGCGGUGCCCAGAUUAUUGAUUUGAUGAUGCUUGUAAUAGAUGUGACAAAAGGGAUGCAGACUCAGUCAGCAGAGUGCUUGGUGAUUGGACAAAUUGCUUGCCAGAAGAUGGUAGUAGUUCUGAACAAAAUAGAUCUCCUUCCAGAGAGGAAGAGACAGGCUGCCAUUGAGAAGAUGACCAAGAAAAUGCAAAAGACCUUGGAAAAUACAAAGUUCCAUGGGUGUCCUAUUGUUGCGGUGGCAGCUAAACCUGGUGGACCAGAAGCCCCAGAGACUGUGAAUCCACUAGGUGUUUCUGAAUUAAUUGAGGUCCUGAAGUCUCAGGCUUACCUGCCAUCAAGAGAUCCCUCUGGACCCUUCCUUAUGGCAGUUGAUCACUGUUUCUCUAUCAAGGGUCAAGGCACAGUGAUGACAGGGACUAUUCUCACUGGCUGUGUUAGCCUAGGUGAUAAUGUGGAGAUUCCCGCCCUGAAGGUGUCAAAGAAAGUCAAGUCCAUGCAGAUGUUCCAUACUCCCGUGACUUAUGCCAUGCAGGGGGACAGGGUAGGCAUCUGUGUGACCCAGUUUGAUCCCAAGCUGCUAGAACGGGGUCUCAUCUGUACCCCAGAAUCUCUCCAGACCAUACAUGCUGCCAUUAUCUCCCUGAAGAAAAUUCAGUAUUUUCGAGGUGCGGUGCAGACCAAAGCCAAGUUUCAUAUCACAGUUGGUCACGAAACAGUUAUGGGACGAGUAAUGUUCUUCAGUCCAGCCCCUGCUGACUUCAACAAAGAGCCCCUGGACAAUGCCUUUGAUUUUGAAAGAGAUUACCUUUAUCAAGAAGAAUAUUUGUCCAAGGAUUCGAAGGCUUCUGAUGAAAACAAGGAUAAUGACCAGACAGGAGAGCAGCUCCCGAAGCAACAGUGGGCCUUACUGGAGUUUGAAAAACCGGUCACUUGUCCUCGACUCUGUCUUGUAAUUGGGUCAAAACUGGAUACUGAUAUUCAUGCAAACACCUGCAGGUUGGCAUUCCAUGGGGUAUUGCUUCAAGGCCUAGAAGAUAAAAACUAUACAGAGACUUUCCUUCCAAAGCUGAAAGUGUACAAACUGAAGCACAAAGAAGGUCAAGUGGAAAGGGUGAUAGAUGAUUACAGCGUGAUCGGUCGUUCGCUGUUUAAAAAGGAAACCAACAUCCAGAUUUUUGUGGGGCUGAAAGUCAAGCUAUCUACAGGAGAGGAUGGCAUAAUAGAAGGUGGCUUUGGGCAGAGUGGUAAAUUUAAAAUCCGAAUCCCAGAUGGGCUCAAGCCAGACACAAAGGCACUUCUGACUGUUGCCUCUAAGAAGAAAUCCAGAGCAGGGAAAGGGGAUGCAGCCAAAGAGGAUGACAGCACCAAAGCUGAGUCAGCCCAGCCUGUUGCCAUCAGCCUUCUCUUUAAAAGAUACGUCUUUGACACGCAGAAGAAAAUGAUUCAGUCUUGAGAAGGCAGAAGAGGCCCUCUGGGUGACAUCUGAAGUACCCUGAAAAGGCUAGACUCCAAAAUGAGCUUGAGUGGAAAAUAUUUGUUGUCUGAACACAUAUUGAACUUUAAUAAAAGGUUUUGAUCUUAGAAACAUUGUAGA